AUGAGUUUUGAUCAGCCCGCCCACAGCUUCAACCAUCCCAGCGGUGAACCUACAACCCCCACGAGGACUCCUACGCUCUUUGGCGAUUCUACCUUCCAAACCCCCAAACUCGAAUCCUCGUUUUACGACCCUCGAGUCACCUGGGAUACCUCCGAUCCGUAUGCCUCCAGCCCAGAAUUCCUUCGCACCCCUCAGCGGUUCGGCUUGAACACACCCUCGAACCAUCUCCGACAGACCGAUGAUGCGAACCAUCUGAAAAGUGGUGUCAAGGUGGAGGGGACAGACACGGCAAAGCGUAUCCAUGCCAUGAAACCGAAUGGUGGGGGAUCUUUUGGUGAUGAUGGUCCCAGGUCGGCCAAGUCGGCGGCCUCCAUGCAGACUCCACCCCCGAGCAGUGCGUCGAGGAGGAAGGUGACCGGGUUGGAGCAUGAUAGUGCCCCUGGUAAUCACUUGGAAACCCCAAGUCGUUUUAUGGGCUCGUCUCCGCGAAUGCUUGCACAUCUUCAAUCGUCUCCCGAUCUUUUUCAACUGGGAACACUCGAUCCUUCCACAUCGCCGUUCUUACCACAAGCAAAGUUGUUCUGGGAUGAUCACCUGGAUCACCAACAACCGGGGAGUGAUGUGGGUUUGUCAGGUACAUCUAAUGUAGACUUAUUUGGCUCCAAUGGGAGCAAUACUUUGAAUCUCCCGACUAGCACCAGUGCUAUGCAUGAUCCUAUCAUCCCACAAUUACCAGCAAUUGAAGGCACGGUAGACUUGCCCGAGUUUCACGGUAGCGGGUUCACCUUGCCGCCCACCACCACAGCCACUACCGGCCCAGCAGACGCAGCUUUCUUCCCUGCCCCCUUCUCGACCUCGCCUCGUCUGCCAUCAACACGGGCUGAGGACCCGGCCAUGUUUCUCAGUUCUCCUGCACGACGUUUCGGUGGAUUACAACCUACGCCGGAGAAAAAGCGUCUCUCCAAACCAACCCGACAGCCUUAUCACCACCAGACGGAAGAGUCCAAACGGGAGCAGCUGCGUCGGGCCCAGAGCUUGCACCGGAUGCAACCGCCAUACGAAGACGAAGAUGACGAUGACGAUGAAGAUUUUACCCCUCGCGGAGUUCGGCCAGGGUUGACGAGAAGUCUGACUCAGAGUUCCCUCUCAUCCUCUUCCCACCGGCCUGUGCUGGGAAGUUCCAGCGGUGCGAUGGCUUCCACCAGUGGGAUUCGGAAGAGUCCGUCCAAGGGUCGGCUGUCGCCUGUCAAACAGAGAAAUACACUAAGCCGGUCUAACUCAGUGGCUACGUCUUUCCCGACUCGCUCACCCUCUGUCGUAUUGAAAAUUGGCAAGGAUGGGCGCGCAAAGGCAGAGAUGCAAACCGUCCCUGAAGUCCCAACUGGCUUGACAGACCCAAUUACCGGAUUGGACCUCGAGGGAUCGACCACGGAGAGUGAAUAUGAUGGUGCUGAGUAUUCGGAAUACCCCGUCCCCACCCGCCAGCCUUCGUUUACCUUCUCUGACGCCGGUCGGCCUAUGCUUGCGCGAAGUGAUUCGGGUUCCCGCCCGGUUUCAAAGGGCUCCUACACUUCGACUGUGGCUUCUGGUCCUUCUGGGCGGGCUUCUCCUUGGCAGGGCUCUUCUCGAGGUGGUUCUAGACGACCCCAGUUAUCGUCGUACAGACCUGCCUCGUCAGAUGACUGGAGACGAACGCCCAGCAAGCGACAGACGCCUGUGCUGAACUCCGAUUUUACUUAUGCUAGCAGCAGCUCUGCCUCGGAUGUUCUGGCCGAACCUGAGGAAGAUUCUGGUGAUGCCCAGCAUGCCCUUCGGAAGGUUCUCCGCGAGCGAGGUCGGAACCUACGGCCACAGGUGGCUAGCUACGGGCCGCGGCCGACUUUGUCUUCACGCCCUCCUGCCAUGACACACCUUCGCUCAUCACCGCCCCGAUUCAGUGCUGAAUUGGAUAUUAACUCUCGGCAUAUACCUUCGUCUCCCACGACCAUGACGGAUCCUGAUCUCGCGACUCCUAUUACCAAUCGUUAUAGUAACUACCCAAGCAAUGGGACCCGAUGUGUCUGCAAUUCUAUGGAGAAUGGUGGCCAUCUCAUGAUUCAGUGUGAAUCAUGCAAUCAUUGGCUUCACACAAAAUGCGUCGGCCUCGAACGGUCCCAUCUACCAUCGGUCUACGUCUGCAUGUUCUGUGCCCAGACCCCGUCACGGCAACGCGUCCGUGGUCCAUUAGGAGCCGGACAAGGACCUCCUUCCCCUCUCGCACACAAAUCGUUUCGAUUCCGCUAA